AUCGCGGCUGCUGCUUAGUUACGUUAGUUUUUUUUGUUUCGCCAAGCUCCGUUUCGGCCUCCGCCGGCGCUUCAUCGAUUUUGGUGUGAAGAAGGAGAUCAAGUAUGGCCCUACAAGGAUAUGCCCUGACCUGUGGAUCUGUUCCUAUGCUGUCUUGCCGCAAGGCACCUUACCCCAAGGCACUUUCUUUACCAUAUUCGAGUCGACCUCUUCCUGCCAAGGUUUCAUAUCCAAUCAAUCAAAAUUCCUGGCGGCCUUAUCCGAAACUAGUAGCCCACUGUAAAGGUACUCGGACUCCCUGUCUUUCUUCUGCUUCCUCGCCACUUUUAAAAGGUGGGCUAGGUAGCCUUCCACAUAUUAUUCCUAAGUUCACUAAGAAGCGCCAAUCUAAUCUGAUUCCACGGGCAUCAAAGGAUGUUCCUUACAGCCACAGACGCGCUCCUACAACCGAGAAGCCUAAAUGGUGGUGGAGAACAUUAGCAUGCCUCCCCUAUAUGUUGCCAUUGCAUGAGACAUUGUUGUAUGCUGAGACAUCUUAUCAUAUACAUCCCUUUCUGGAGGAUUUUGGGUAUUUAACUUAUCCAUUUUUGGGAGUGCUAGCAAGACUGCCUAGUUGGUUUAUGUUUGCAUAUUUCUUGGUGUCGCAUCUUGGAAUUGUAAGGAGGAAAGAGUGCCCCCAUUUCUUCCGGUUCCACCUAGUGAUGAGCAUGCUGUUAGAGAUGGCGCUGCAGGUGAUUGGCAGCGUUAGCGGUUGGAUGCCUCUUUCAGUGUACUGGGGUAAGUUGGGCAUGUAUUAUUGGGCAGUGGUUGCAUUUACCUUUCUCUUUACGGUCGUGGAGUGCGUAAGGUGUGCUCUCGCCGGGAAGUAUGCUGAUGUUCCAUUUGUCUCUGAUACGGCAUACAUUCAAAUUCCAUAUCGUUAAGCAAAGCUUUAUGCUGGUCGUCUUUGGCUGUGCUUCCAUCAGUUAUUGAUGCGGCAGAUUAUCUAUUUCCAUUUGACUAAAGGUGGUCUUGGACUUUUUGGUUAAUGUUCAUAUUUUGCCUGAUAGAAACCUUAAAAUUUGAUGUGGAGUUUGGCUCUUUUGAAUAAAACUGUAUAGAUGCCUUCCACCACAUUGCAGUAUGGUUUUGCCUUCUUUUGUCUUGCAAAGACAAAUCCUUGAACUAGUACAUUGUUAAUUUAGCGUUGAAGCACAAAUUCUAAUAUUUAGGGUGAGUAAUUCUCUUACAUAUAUAAGAUAAAUGUACGUUCUAAGAGUUCG